AUGUUAAAAGCCUACAAGAACCUGUCUCCCAAGACCCGCCUCGGGUUUGGCGUCGCCGUCCUGGCCUGGGGCGGAGCAGGCCUCUACCUUUCCGACAGGGCUGAGGAGAAGUACAAGCCCACCGUCGAGGAGAAGGCUGCUGUCGACAAGUACGUCCCCAAGGUUCACGUCGUCGACAGGUCGUGA